AUGGUUUCUUUUAUUAUUGCAGACAAACAUGAAUCACUCCAUCAUGCUGGCGUGAAGACGACCCUUUCCGAACUCAAGGAAAGAUUUUGGAUCGUCAGAGGACGUCAGCAGACAAAGAAGGAGUUGUUCAAGUGCGUCAAAUGCAAAAAGCUGUCAUCGCCACCAUUCAACGAGCUAGCAGCGCCACUCCCGCUUAAUCGACUGAAAAAUCCACAGGCGUUUAACGUCACUGGAGUCGACUUUGCUGGACCGCUUUAUUACAAGCUAGUGAAAAUCAAGAAAACUAAGAAAAAAGGAAAUUCCAUUGAAGCGGAUUCCAUUCCGGAGCCACUUGCAGCAGAAGAGGCUCCCCAAGAACACGAGCCGGAGCCACUGACGGAAGCAGAGGCUCCAAUCGAACAGGAAUUCGAAGAAGAAACAGUGAUUAAUCAUCGCAAGUGCUACAUCUACUCGCCAGAAGAAAACUUCUUCAUUUAUUCCGCCAGCUUAGCGCCAUGGUGGGGAGGAUUUUGGGAGCGGAUGGUGCGGAGCGUCAAAGAUUUACUACGACGCUCCAACGGCAGAGCCUGUUUGGCUUACGACGAACUCGAAGUAAGUCUCAUCGAAAUCGAAAGCGUAGUUAACGCGCGUCCCCUCAAUUACAUCAGUGACGGAGCAGAUGAACCACUCCCUAUCACUCCCAACCAAUUUCUUAACAAUCGACGAUCGACUUGUGCCAACCCGGAGCCAGCAGUCAACUUGAUGGCUCCCACCUACACUAGUGCAACCCUCAUCGCGAUGGACCAAGAGAGAAGGGAAUAUGUGAGUAACAUCUGGGGCCGAUUAAUCGAAGAUUACGUCAUGCAGCUGGACAACUUCCACUCAAAGGGAAAAUCCAGCCGAAAAAUACGCCUUGGUGAAGUUGUGUUUAUUCACGACGAACACACCAAACGCCUUUUGUGGUCAACCAGAUUAGUUACCGAACUUAGACCGAGUCGUGAUGGACUCAUUCGAUCGGUCGUUCUUCGGACUGCUAACGGUAAUCAUAUUAAUCGUGCCAUUCAAUGCUUAUAUCCUUUAGCAGUGUUCCAAGAACCCGAAGACGUGAUCACCCAAGAUGAAGCAGGACCGGAACCAGUCGAGGAUCUGGCUCCCCCUGACCCGGCAACGAUGAUCAACGAUCCAGCGCCAAAUGAUCCAGAUCUAGCGCCAAGCGAUCCAGAUCCAGCGCCAAACGAUCCAGAUCCAGCGCCAAACGAUCCAGAUCCAGCAAUAAGAGAAGUCGAGCCGGAAGAUACGGGCUUUGGUGGGGAGUAUGUUGGGAAUAUACCGACACCCCAACAGCCAAUUUCCAGAUCUGGCCGUCAGAGUCGCCUACCUCGUCAUCUUCAUGAUUAUUACCUUCGGGGCCCCCGUUAG